GACCCCGAAGACAGCAGCAUCGCGGAGAACGGCAACGGCGCAGUGGCGGCGAAGUGGGGGCUCGGGGGUACCAUGGUCACGCUGGUCACGCCGGACGCAGCACACGGCGCUGCUGGCGUGGAGCACCCUCGGAGGUGGCCGUUGAAGCAGGCGCUUGUCGUGCCAGACGAGACUGGGCCGCCUGGAGUGUCUGGCAGCGAGCGCGGGGAGCUCGGCACGCUGCCAGGCCUCGGCGCCCAGGAGUCGAUGGAUCUCGUCCUCGAGGCCGCCGAUGCGGCGCGGCACGGGGGCCGGCGCCGCCUCGGGCUUGAUGGGUCCGCCGGUCCCGGCCGCCAGACCGACUCCAUCUACGAGAGCGUCUCGGUGCAGUGCCACACGGAUCAAGGCUGCAUCUGCGAGCCGACAACUGACACCGCAAAGCUGCCGGACAUGCCAAAUGAGAUCUCCGUGCGCCGCGGCCACGUGGCCGCGACCUCCGACAACCAGGGCAUGCUCGCGGACAAGCACGCUUGGGCGGAAGACAAGCUGGCCGCCCACAAUGACCGCUUCGACGUGCUUGAGACGGAGGCAACGAACGCCAAGGAGAAGGCCGAGGAGGCUAAGAAGCGCUGUCAAGCCGUCCUCCACUUCAUCAAGGUGAUCCCAGGCAUGAGUCCCUAA